CGGGAGAUGGCGGUCGCGGAGCCCCGCGGGAGGGAGACCCCCGCCGUGGGGAGCAGGCGAGCCGCCUGCCGCGGCGUGCCGAGGGGCUGCGGGUGGCGAGCGCUCCCCUGCCCGAGGAGCUGGCAGCAGGAGCUGGCGCGGCGUGGGGCGCCGCAGGUGCUGCAGCGCUCGGGAGGAGCUGAAAUCCCAGUGCUGUCUGUCCUGGAGCUUGCUGAUUUACGGCAGGAGCCUGGUCUUGAAGCAGGAAGUGCCUGGUUUGUACGACGCCAAAUGCAAGAAAGGCAGACUCAGCCCAGAAGAACUUAGAGUUGACAUCUCUGGCUGUAACGCCGCAGCUCAACACUGUUUCUUAAAUGGCCUCAGGUAUGGAUGGGAAGAAAUGCAGCGUGUGGAUGUUUUUACCUCUUGUGUUUACCCUGUUUACAUCAGCUGGAUUAUGGAUAGUGUACUUUAUAGCAGUGGAAGAUAACAAAAUUCUCCCACUAAAUGUACCAGAUAGGAAACCUGGUUCCAAAAGACCACCUUAUAUAAGUAUUGCAGGUGAUGCACCUCCUGCAAGCUGCGUGUUUAGCCAAGUCAUGAACAUGGCAGCAUUUCUAGCACUUGUCGUGGCUGUCCUGCGCUUCAUUCAGCUGAAGCCGAAGGUGCUAAAUCCUUGGCUGAACGUCAGUGGCCUGGUGGCGUUAUGCUUAGCCUCUUUUGGGAUGACCCUACUCGGCAACUUUCAGCUUUCCAACGAUGAGGAGAUCCACAAUGUGGGCACAUCGCUGACCUUUGGCUUUGGGACCUUGGCUUGCUGGAUCCAGUCUGCCCUCACCCUCAAGAUCAACCUCAAGAACGAGGGGCGGAAAGUCGGGAUUCCACGAGUUGCCUUGUCAGGCAGCAUCACCCUCUGUGUGGUGCUCUAUUUCAUUCUCAUGGCGCAGGGCAUCCACAUGCAUGCUUCCAGGAUCCAGUGGGGCCUGGUGAUGUGCUUCCUGUGCUACUUCGGUACCUUUGCAGUGGAAUUCAGGCACUACAGAUUUGAGAUCAUUUGCUCUGAGUACCAGGAAAACUUUCUGAGCUUUUCUGAAAGUUUAUCAGAAGCCUCCGAGUACCAGACGGAUCAGGUGUAGCCUGUCCUCUGGCAGCGGGGGAGGGGGGCAGGUGUGGUCUUAUGAGUUAAACAUGACCUCAUUUACACUUUUUUGAUGAGUUUGUUUUCGUGUGCAAUCAUGAUCGUAUUGCCAAAGGGCUCUGAGGGUGGCUGUAUCAUUAAGAGCCAAACAAAAAUAGCUGUCUGCUGGAAGAGGAGUGGAUCCUUCUCUGCAAUAGCAUGAAAGAGCACAAGCUGUUUAGUUUGUGCUACCAGAGACUCUUUCUGAGUGGCUCUGUCACACUCUUGUUCAAAACAUUCAACAGCCAGUCCUUGUGAGGCCCCUCCAAGACAGGCACUCCUCAGCCUGCUCUGCAGAGAAGAAGGAAACGGACUUCUCCACCUAGUCUUCAGGAGUUGCCAGUUCCAGAGUAACCAGACUGCAUCUUUUGUGUUUCUUGCAUUGUUUUUUUUGCUGCCAACUGAUGUAACUUAGUAGGGUGAGAAAGAACACCUGUUUCUUCUGAACUUGGAGUUGGGCAGUGGAAGACACCAACUGACUGGCUUUUAUGGUGAGCAGGCAGGCAUUUCUUCCAGCCUGGAAAGCAGCCAACAGUAAAGCUGUGUUUGGGAGAAACUGUGCUGUCAUCAAGAAGCAAGACUUGGCCAAUGUUGCCUUGUGGCUGGACAGUCCGUCCUUAGGCCAGAGGAGAUAAAACAGUGGGGUGCUGUGCUCGGCUUCGUGUUGCAGACUCAACAGUGGGGACUGGUGGAAGUGAGGUGCUGAAUUAAGAUGGGAAUGCCUGCGUGCUCUGAAGAUGAACCAGAAAAGGCUGCUGUUUGUAAGUAUGUAGUGCUUCCACCACAUAUCAUGUGUAAUGUUUCAAAAGCUUUUUUUUUGUUCACUGGGGGGGGAAACAUUGUGUUAGAGACACUGGGUUCGCCUGCAAUGAGAACAGAACCUCUGCAGGUGGUUCUGGGCAUAGGGUUUGGUUUUGCUCUUUGUGUGCUUAGAAGUCAAACUUCAGACAUGUUGACACUAGGCCUGGGCUCUGGACCCCUCAGUGUGGCCAGCUGUCCCAAGUGGAGUCUGCCACAGGUUUAAGCGGGCUUCCAAGGUGCAGGGAAGCAGUUCUGCCCUGUAAGUUGGGUGAUACGGCCUGAGGGAUGGAAGUGCAGGAAGGGGAACAGCACAACCAGAAGGGCUUCUCGCUCCCUGAAGGGAGGUUUUCAAAGAGAACUGUUUUCAAAGAAAAAGCAGAAGUUCAAAGCCCCUGUUUGAAAACCUGAUUUUGGGAAGGCUGCUGUAUUGGCUGGGCAGGGGAGUGAUGGGAGUUGCUUCUCAUGAACAUGGCUCCCGUUUUCCUCCACGAAUCAGGCUCAGCUUAGGUUUGCAUCUUGUCUGAGCUGCAGGAAAAUAAGCAGAAAUUAAAAUGGUGGCAAAAGCAUUUUAAGGGCAACUCGUACUGCACUGUGGUGUUUCUGGCAGAGAGGGAAAAGGCCUGAAGGCAUUCAGUCUUCUGCAAAGGUCAGAGGCAUCUCCUGAAAGGAGAAACAGUUGAGAGAAACUUCUGUCAAAACUAAUGUAAGUAGAAAACUUUCAGCCAGUCCUUUAUCUUCCAAAAGAUUCCAAAAUUUCUCAGGCAGCUGUUUAUAAAUCCAGAGCAUCUCCAGCCAAUGGAGGGUUGUCAUUGGACUCCUGAAGGCCUCCUCCUUGUAGCUAUGUCAUGAGUGGGAAGCUUUUCUGGAGAGACAUGCCAAGGGUAGCCCAAGGGCACAGCAGUGUAAGGCGCAGGGCUCCCUAGCAGCCCAUCCAGGGAGCUCCUCCUGGGCGAGGGCAGGAGGGAACAGCCUGGAGAAGAUGCAGGUAGGGAUCCUCUUAUACAGACACACACACUCAAUGCAUAUGGAGCACAAAAUAGCAAUUUGUUUUAAGGGUGUUUUACUGUAAAUAGUCCACAGUGACUUUUUUAAAAAAAAUAUUGUUUCAGUUUAUCAUUUUAUAUUUUGUAAUUUUAUCAAAGGAAAAAAAGAUUAUGUUUGUAAUUUUUUUCUUUCUCACCUUUUCCUAUAUGCAAUCCAAACUGAACUGCAGGUUUUUGGUGAUAACAUUUCUUAGAGUAUUUCUAACCACAUUUCAGCACAACUAAAUGACAACUGAUAUACACUGAAACAUGACCACUAAAUAAAGUGCUUUUAUGGAGAAA